AUGAAAACUUCAGCACCUACACCACGUUUUACAUACGUUCCAAGGCUCAAACGUGCCAUAAAUGAACCAGAUGCAUCCAGUCAAUCUGCAACUACAUCAAUUAUAUGUAUUUUGCUCAUAGUUACCGGUUGUUGUCGUUUUCAUUGUGACUACGAGAGUACUUCAUGUCCUACCUGUGAUUGUUUAUCUGUUAGUAUCAGCUUAGCAUUAGAUCGUAUUAGGAAUGGAUCUGCUACACCACCAAAAUACCCUAUUAACAACAUAGCACCUUGUGUCAAUCACACGUUCAGAAACACUUUAACUGUCUAUGACGGUAUACACAUGCUUUCGGACUUCAAAGCUGCGCAAAAUCGUUCAGUUUCUGCUACAUGGUACCAUCCUAAUUGUGAAUUAGAUGUACUUGAUAAUGAAAUUGCUAUUUUAAGGUCAUCAUCGGAUUUUACCGGAACAAUAAAUGUGAGUCUUGCUUGUUUAUCGCCACCAACAAAUGAUUCUAAACCAAGUAAUCACGAGGAAGCAAGCUGCUCUUCAAACACAAUCAAAAUCUGUGCUGGUCGUGGUGCAGCAGACGGUUGUGAUGACGUUAGUGGCGGACAUAUAAUUCCAAAUGUGAACAAUUCAUGGACAAUAAUUGAAAUCAUUAGUUAUCCAUCGUUACACUCACAUUAUAAUGGAAGUUCGAUUUUUACACGCAUUUCUUACUACCAAUCGCUGAUUGACAUGCAAUUACGAACGAUUGUAAUACUUUAA